GAGUGUGAAGAGUGUGUUCACAAUGAACUUUCCAACAAAAAGAAACUCAAAAUAUAUAUUUAAAAAACACUUUAAACCGGUGCACUUUUUUACUUUAAACCCGGAUAGUGAUGAAAUCAUCGAAAUCAGCUCCUCUACAUAACGACGAAGCUAACUGCUGCGAGUGCGCGCGCCAGUAAGAGGCGUGGCUACUGAUAACCCUGGAGGAUCUCCAGCGGAGUCUCCGUCGCACACCUGAGGAUCCCGAGCCGCUGCUGAGGAGGGAUGGAGCCGCGGGAGAGCGCGGUGUGGCGGGGCUCCUCGGGCCGCCUGCCGCUGGAGCUGAGCGGCGGAGCGCAGAGCGGACACUUCGCCUGGGUCCGGCCGCGGAGGCCCGCUGCUCGCUGGGACAUACUGCUGGAGGUGGAGGGUCUGAGUGUGUCUGGACUGACCCACGGUGACCUGCUCGAUCUGCUGGACCACUGCGAGGAUCCUAUCAGAAUCAAAACCGCCGGAGCAGCUUGUUUCCUCAUGGAGACUAAACAAAUAUCCCCACAAGGAGAUGAUCUGCUGGUAUCAGUAUCGGUGGGACUGCGGCGCGUGAUGAGUCUCACGACUGACGGUCACUGUAUACAGCGCUCACUCAGCACUGCUUCAUCUCGGCUCGUAACCGCAGGUGGCAGGCUGAAGAGGGACUUGAGUUAUUUCUUGAGUCAGCGCUUUCAGAAGGGCUCGGCAGAUCAGCGGCUGCAGGAGAGCAUCAGAAACAACCUGCACCGCUACAGCGCUCCCUGUACGACCCGUCCUCCUCGUGACGGCGAGCUCCAUGGUGUGGACUACAACUUCCUGUCUGUGGAGGACUUCCUGGAGCUGGAGCGGAGCGGAGGACUGCUAGAGAUAGGAGCGUAUGACGGUAACUAUUAUGGGACACCCAAGCCACCCAUCCAGCCUCUCAGUAGGACAGUGAUUACCCAUGAUGCUUUGCGACACAGUUGCACUGGUUCCCAGAAGUGCUGCGAUCGCGUGAAGCAUGCAGGAGUAGAGCAGACAGCGCUGCAGGAGGAUGCAGACAUGAACAACACGUUUACAGGAGACUCCAGCCGGCCGGAGGGGCGAGACAAUGCCCCCAGCUACGUGCUGAACAACAUGGCCACCUCGCCGCCGGGCCUUCCUCCGGACCAGGACCCCCUCGGAGCGCUGCCGGACAACUGGGAGAUGGCCUACACCGAGAGCGGAGAGAUUUACUUCAUCGACCACAACACAAAGACCACCUCAUGGAUGGACCCUCGAUGUCAGGACAAACAGCCCAAACCUCUGGAGGACUGUGACGACGAUGAAGAGGGUGUACAUACAGAAGAGCUGGACAAUGAUCUUGAACUGCCUCCUGGCUGGGAGAAGAUCGACGACCCGGUGUAUGGAGUCUAUUAUGUUGAUCACAUUAACCGUAAGACGCAGUACGAGAACCCGGUUCUGGAGGCCCGGCGGCAGAAGCAGCUGGACGCACAGCAGUCGCCAGAGGACGGACGCUACAUCAGAGAAUGGAUAGAGGAGCACUCGUCCGCCGGCGCUGCGAUCGGCUCUUAUGUGCCCAGUCAUCUGGAGACAUACAGAGACCCUCAGAACAUUCCGUCGGCCCCUCAGGCCCCGGGCCCCAAGCGAGGAAAGCCGUUCUUUACCCGUAAUCCAGCUGAACUCAAGGGCUCCUUCAUAAGCACUAAGCUGCUGAAGAGCCGGCGAGGCUUCGGCUUCACUGUGGUCGGCGGCGAUGAACCGGACGAGUUCCUGCAGAUCAAGAGUCUGGUGCUGGACGGACCGGCCGCUGUGGACGGAAAGAUGGAAACAGGCGACGUCAUCGUCAGCGUGAACGACACGAUCGUGCUGGGAUACACUCACGCUCAGGUGGUGAAGAUAUUCCAGUCCAUCCCCAUCGGCUCCAUGGUCCAGCUGGAGCUGUGCCGCGGCUACCCUCUGCCCUUCGACCCCGACGACCCCAACACCAGCCUGGUGACCUCGGUGGCCAUCCUGGACAAAGAGCCCAUCAUAGUGAACAGUCAGGAGGGCUUCGAGGCCAUGCCCGGCCUGGGGCCCGGCGGCGGCGGCCCUGGGGCCCCAGAGCCCAUCUCGUUCGGCCCCGCCCUGGACAGCGCUCUGAGGGGCCCGGCUUACACCAGCGACGUGGUCACGCUGGCAUCCUCCAUAGCCACGCAGCCCGAGCUGAUCACGGUCCACAUCGAGAAGGGCGACAAGGGCUUGGGCUUCACCAUCGCAGACAGUCUGGCUGGCGGAGGGCAGAGGGUGAAGCAGGUGGUGGAUUACCCACGCUGCCGAGGGCUGAAGGAGGGCGACAUCCUGCUAGAGGUCAACAAGAGGAGCGUGCAGGGCAUGGGCCACAACCAGAUCGUGGAUCUCCUCAGCAAAUGUCCGCGAGGGAGUGAAGUUACUCUGCUGGUGCAAAGAGGAGUCCUGCAGCCCAAGAGAAGCCCCAAAGUGCUGCAGUUGGAAAGGAAGGACAGUCAGGGCAGCUCUCAGCACAGCAUUUGCAGUCACCGCAGCACACACACCGACUCGCCCGGCCGCCCGGAGCCCAUCGCGCCCCCUGACACCCUGGGGGGCCCUCCGCCGGUGCCGCCUCCUCCCACCCAGCCGCUGCCCGUCCUGCCCGCCUUUGACACCUCUGCAGCCAAUGGGACGCUCCAGAAGAAGCCGGACCCCUUCAAGAUCUGGGCGCAGUCCAGGAGCAUGUAUGAGAGCCGGGUACCAGAGUCUCAAGAACAAGACAUUUUCCUCUGGAGGAAAGACACGGGCUUUGGCUUCCGGAUCCUGGGGGGAAAUGAACCUGGAGAACCGAUCUACAUAGGGCACAUAGUGAAGUACGGCUCAGCGGAUGAGGACGGCCGUCUGCGCUCCGGAGACGAGCUCAUCUGUGUGGAUGGCACGGCGGUGGUGGGGAAGUCUCACCAGCUGGUGGUGCAGCUCAUGCAGCAGGCGGCUAAACAGGGUCACGUCAACCUCACCGUCCGCCGCAAAACCGCUUACGGAGUGUAUAAGGGCGAGGCGGACGUGCCGCCGUCCCCGGCCUCCUCUCACCACAGCAGCACGCAGGCGCCGUCGCUGACGGAGGAGAAGCGCACGCCGCAGGGCAGCCAGAACUCGCUCAACACUGUCAGCUCGGGCUCCGGCAGCACCAGCGGCAUCGGCAGCGGCGGCGGCGGCGGCUCCGGCAGCACCGUGGUCAACAUGACGCCCGCCGCCCUGCAGCCCUACGACGUGGAGAUCCAGCGCGCCGAGAACGAGGGUUUCGGCUUCGUCAUCGUGUCGUCCGUGUCGCGGCCUGACGCCGGCUCCACCUUCGCGGGGAACACGGCCAUGCCUCAUAAAAUAGGCCGGAUCAUCGAGUGCAGUCCGGCUGACCGCUGCGGGAAGCUGAAGGUGGGUGAUCGGAUCCUGGCGGUCAACGGCUGCUCCAUCACCAACAAAUCGCACUCGGACAUCGUCAACCUCAUCAAAGAGGCCGGCAACGCUGUCUCGCUGCGCAUCAUACCCGGAGACGAGACGUCAAACGCAUCGCUGCUGACCAACGCAGAGAAGAUCGCCACCAUCACCACUACACACACACCUCAGAGCAACACAGAGCCCAGCAGGAAUAACAAACCCAAACAAGCUCUGACCCAACCAGCAUCCUACAGUCAGGAGGCAGAGUAUUACUCGGUUGAUCUGGAGAGGGAGAGUAAAGGUUUCGGCUUCAGUCUGAGAGGCGGUAAGGAGUACAACAUGGAUCUGUACGUGCUGCGAUUAGCUGAGGAUGGAGCCGCUGCCAAAAACGGCAAGAUGAGGGUUGGUGAUGAAAUACUGGAGAUCAACGGUGAAAGUACGAAAAAUAUGAAGCAUUCUCGCGCCAUCGAGCUGAUCAAGACCGGAGGCAGGCGAGCUCGACUGGUGCUGAAGAGAGGAGACGGAUCCGUCCCAGAGUAUGACGGCCCAAAUGACAGCUACCCUCCCUCACCCGGGCCACAAAAUAAUUCGGAAGUGAGGGCCUUGCUGGCCAGCGGCCCCUUUCAUCAUCCGUCCAAGUCCAGCUAUACAUCAGAGCAUCACACACCAUCCCAGCCCAAGCAGCACCAACCGAAAGACAGGCAGCACGAUCCGGCGAGGGAACGCAGCACAGGACUGUAUUCCAGCGCUCCGCACCAGCCCUCCUGGAACAACCAUCCCAGCCCCUCGCCGUCCCCCGACAGCAGCAAAAACAACUCCCACCGCAAGGUCAAGAAGUCCGAGUCCGAGAGCGGCAUUGCCAAGCUCUUCAAAACGUUGAGGAAAGAGGGUGGAUUUGGGAAGAAAACCUCCCAGCAGGAUCUCCUGAGGCGAGGCCGCAAACCCUCCAUAGAUGCACAGAGUAGCGCGGGGUCUCAGGUGCGCAGCGGCUCCUUGGAUCGCUCCUCCACCCGGAAGCGCAACACCUCUCCAGACCGCCGCAGGGCCAAGUCCAUGGACCGGCGAACGACACGCUCAUAUAAAGAUCAGUCCCCUGAGCGAAGCUAUCAAGCCUCUUCCCAGGACCUGCUGUGCCAGAUCUCCACUCCAGAAAGGCUUGUCCUGCCCCAGAAAGAGCCCCAAACUCCCCGCAGGAACUACAGCAAAGAGGGCUACUUCACGUCCACCCCUGAGCGAUCCCACAAACCCACGGCCCACGCUCUCGCUCGCACACCUGAACGUGGCCUAAAGAACAGGAACGUUCUGCUCAACAGCUGUCCGUCCAGUCAAGCUGAGAGAGAGGGAUGCUUCAUCAACGGAGCUCCGGAGAGACACCUCCGCAGGAGAUCGGACAGCAGCAGCGACGGAAGUUACCUGGAAGAGAGCGCUGCUCCACAGCUUAGGGAUUAUUACAACGCACUGAAAGCCAGCGGUGCGAACGGAAGCGGCGUGGGCCUCGGCCUCGUCCAGAGCUCUCCGAGCAAGAGACGGCUUUACAAGGAGAACCACGCAGACCUCAGCAUCUGAGCUCCACAGGGCUGAGCUUCACUGCAGCGGAACUAUGCUUCUUUUUCUAGUUUGUUUUUAUAUGUUGUGUUGCGAGUGAGAUCCAUGUUUUGUUAAAAGACACAGACUUUUCUUUUCUUUUUUUCCAAAAUGCGUCUACUUUGCGUGUCCUCUUUUCUCCAAAUUGAGAUUUACUGAACCAGAGCACAAGCAUUCAACGUUUGUUUCUUUGUUUGUACAUUUUAAUAGACGUGUGGCGAAACCUGAACUCAGACAAUGAUGCUACUGUUUAAUUGAGUAAUAUAUAUUUAAGCUGUAUAUUUAUUUUGAAAAACUGAAAUGUAACUCGAUGGGAUGUCCAGAUGAAAAAAAAGCAUCAUUCAGUCUCGGUCUGCUGUAUAAUAUCUGACUUUGUUAGUCCUAAAACUGCACUGGACUGAGGCACGAGCCGCCCAUUAGCAAAAAAAGAGGGAAAAAAUGAAAGUGGAAAAAUAUUAUGUUGUGGCACAAAUUAGUUUUUUGUUUUUUUCUUCUUCCAUAAUCACCAGAACUUAGUCUAAACUAAAGGCACAUAUGCACAAUUAAGCUUAAAGCAAGUUAUUUUAGGAAUGAAUCGGACGCUUUUUUGAAAAGUGACUUAAAGUGCAUUCAAGCUGUAUGUCAGUGUGUUCCUUGGGAAACAAACCACAGACCAGUUGAGCUACAGGAACAUAGCUAAUACAUUAAACUAUGAAAAAACACUGGAUAUAUGAAAUGUGAGAACAUUUCUUGGUGGCCGUUCUAAUUCGCAGUCAUUUUAAGCAAAAGACUGAAGUAUUUUGAAUUGUCCCUUACGCAGCCACAUUUACCUCCAUAAAGUCAAGUACCAAAGGCGAUUGAAAUGCUCUGAACGAAUGGAAUCCCUUGACAAGCUUGUGAAAAUAAAUGUGACACAUCGACGCAGCACACAUUUUGAUCUGAAUGUAGAGUUGCAGCACAGAAGUUCCGAUCCAAAAGACUACGUCAAAACGGCACCUGACGCAAUCUGCCAAUCUGAGCCACCACUCGUUUCCCGUCAUACUCGAGAGAGAGAGAGAGAGAGAGAGAGAGAGAGAGAGAGCCACUGAGCUUCGGUGAUAUGCAGACGCAAUACGUGUUUGUUUGGGAACACAGCUGGUUCGUGCAUUUCGACAGGACCGAGAACAGGGAAUUCCUUCAGUGUCAUCUGAAUAGUACUGUAUCAAAAUGAACGUAUCAGCUGCUGUCUUUUGUACAAAUUUUAUUACUGUAUGUACUUCAAACCUGUGUAGGUAAGGAUACUGUUGCCUUUUCUCUGUACAAAAAAGAGUUUAUGAAAGAUGUCCACCUAGAAGAAGAUGCGAAUAUGUUUCUACUCUGCUCACUGGGGCUGUGGGUAACGUGUGUACUCAGAAUCAGGCGUUUGUAAAGCUGUAUUUUUCCCUCUCUCCGGGAAGGAUGGGAAACGUAUGUUUUUCAAGGAAGGGGGUUGAAUAUCUGUUGUGAUGGAUAGCCUGCUUUUUUUUCUAGAGAUCUUGUAUACUGUCUGUGGUCUCUGAAAAGUUCUAUGGAUUUUAAAUGCUUUUUUCUGUGUCGAUAAAAGCAGUACAUGUAUAUGGUCUAAUGUGUUUUUUUUUUGUUUUUUUUUAAUGAAACUAUGCAUAUAUAUAAAUAUAUAAAUUCUGCAUUGUCCAUAGCUUUAUUUGACUCAUGAAAUUACACAUAACACUAGUCUAAGUUCAAGUAGAUGUGGACUUACACAGUAAAGCUUUUUUCUUCUUGUUUGGAUGGAUCACAAUGUAUAUGUAGCUAUCAAAAAGAAGUCUGUGAAUGCUAUUUUUAUUAUCAAAUAAAGUUUUCCAUACAA